AUGAGUGAUAUAUACGUAGUUGUUCACAUCGCCACAACAUGCGAUGAAUCGACUACAUAUGUUACUAAGGAUUCAACAGAGUUGAUUGAGUUUGCUUGGUCGGUUGUUGAUGCGACCACGCUAAAAAAUACCUACCAGGAAUCAGUAUUAGUGAGACCAAUCAACACUCCUAUUACUCAAUAUUGUUCACAACUUCAUAAAAUUACGUGGGAACACGUUCGAAAUGCCGGAUCAUUUAAGGAUGCUAUCGGAAAGUUCGAUAACUUCAUGCAAGAAAAUGUAAUUCUGAAGAACAAGGAAUUUUCAUUGAUAACAUUUGACGUGAGCAAAAUCCGAGUCCAAUUACCAAGGGAAGCAAGAGAUAAGUCAGUGGUGUUGCCUCCAUAUUUGCAGCACCCAAGGAUAUUUGAUAUACAAAAUGAGUACGCCAAGUGGCAAACAUCACACCCGGAAGCAUUAUCGUAUACUGCGUCGUCUUUAUCUAAUAUUAUUACAGCUUUAGAAGUGGAAAUGGAUAGUACUGACGGAAUAGAGACACCAGUAUCAUCCUCGUCAACACCGUCACCAACAGCCAUUUCUUCGGUAUCAUCUGCAUCGAGUGCUAGUUUUUUUUCUGAACCAUUGACCAAUCCAAAUUUGAACUCGUAUUCUAAUUUGAAUUCAAAUUCCAACUUGAACUUGAGUUCGGGUCAGGAGACAAGGACAAGAUCUACGAUAAACGUAUACACCAAUGUAUUAGUCCAGUUGGUCAAGAAGUCAUUGCCGGUUGAAGAACACCCUUCAGUUUUGACUAAACCAUUCGAUUCUGCCCAAGAUGUCAAGAUUUUCUUGGUCGAAAGAUCAAAGAUUUUAUAUCUUAGCAAUUUACCCGGGGACACUACGCAAUCCGAAUUGGAAUCAUGGUUUACACAGUACGGAGGGAGACCAAUAGCAUUUUGGACAUUGAAGAAUGUAGAUGCAAACGAGAAGAACGGAAAGAAUAAUAAUACUAACAAUAACGGAAAUAACGGAAGUAACAACUAUGGAGGUAAGGUAAAGGGUAUCUCGGGAUUUGCUGUGUUUGCAACUCAUGAAGAAGCGACAGAAUCUUUAUCAAUGAACGGUAGAGCAUUGAAUGAUAUGGCUGUUGAAGUACAAGCAUCUUCUACAAGCGUGUUAGAUAAAGCUAGGGACUUACUAACACCUUUCCCACCUUCCAAGAAUAGGCCAAGACCUGGUGAUUGGACUUGUCCAUCUUGCGGCUUCUCAAAUUUCCAAAGGAGAACUGCUUGUUUCAGAUGUUCAUUUCCUGCUGCUAGUGCUGUUACGAUUCAGGAGUCGAUGUUUUCUGGCAAUACAACUAAUAGUCGUCGUAAUAAUAAUUCGACCAAUUCUAUGCCAAACAAUAACAAUUCGGAUAAGAUUGCACUUAAUGCUGCUGUUGUUAAUGCAGCAGCUGCAGCAGCUGCUUUGAAUCAAAAUCAAUCGUAUAAUUCGAAUUACCAGGAACAUAAUUUUGCACCUGGUUCUCAUAAGGUUGGAGGUAAUGGAAUUAAUGGUUCAAAUAACCAUCAGCAUGCGAAUUCACAUUCUCAUCAUAGUGGUCAUGGUCAUAACCAUAACAACAAUUCCCGGCCUCAUUAUGGAAAUAAUGUUCCAUUUAGAGCUGGUGAUUGGAAAUGUUCUAAUGAAUCUUGCCAAUAUCACAAUUUUGCUAAGAAUUUAUGCUGCUUGAAAUGUGGUAAUGCAAAGCAUUCUGGUCAAUCGAAUCAUAAUAGCAAUAAUAAUAACAACAACCAUAUUCAUUCCGUUAAUUCAACUGCAGCUGCAAUAGCUGCGGCCACUGCUAGUGGUCAGCCAUUGAACUUAAAUAAUGGAUUCAUGGGAAUACAACAACCUCAACCACUCCACCCAAAUCAUUAUUCGCCAUCUCAAACCCCAGUGCAACAAAAUCAUAACCAACAUCGUCAUAAUUCAAAUGUUUCUGGUAAUAACUAUUACAGCAAUAAAUCACAAUUUCCACUUCAUUUGUCAAACCAAAAUACGAAUGCUAAUUUGCGCGGGACUAAUAACACACCACCCCAACUUUUAGCUCAGCAGUUAGCAAUGUUGCAGCAACAUCAACAUCAACAGCAUCAGCAGCAAAACCAAAAGCAGGCCUCGCAACCAAAAUAUUCACAAUCAGUCUUAAAUUCUCCUGGCAUGUAUUCUAAUUUUGGGCCCCAGCAGGCUAGCUACCAGGCUUAUUCAAAGAAUAUUCCGAAUCCACCUCAUUCUGCUCCUGUAUCUGCUGAAGCUACUAAUACUAAGAAUGGCAAUUUAGAAAAUUUAAAUCCAUCGUUGAACGUGCUCGCCAACCAAAUUAGCUCAUUAAAUUUAAACGGUAACCAGCAAUAA